GGGGCCGGCACACGGCUGCGGAGGCGCGGCAGAAAAAGGCGGCAGCGCUAAAGAGAGCGAGAGCAGAGCUGCUGGCGCACAGGAAGGCCCGCCCGCGUCUCCGGACGGAAAUGUCAACUCAUUUCCUGACCAAUUCCUCCGAAGUUUGUUGAAUGGAAGCGUGGAUUAUUGAAGCAUGACACCUGAGUCCUUCGGCUUUUGGUCUUUCAGUGUUUGGGUCCAUUGCAACCGCCAGUGACACCAUGGCCCACCACAAUGUCGGUUUCCAACCUGAACCCUCAGCCCCACCCUUGGAUUCCAAGGAGGAAGCCGUGAAUGGCAAGGAGGAACCGUCCAAUGCUGAGCACAGCCCUUUGGACUGCGUUAUCUGCUUCACCCCUUAUGACCAGCUCUUUAAACUGCCAAAGGAGCUGAGCUGCAAGCACGUCUUCUGCCUGGAGUGCCUGGCCCGCAUCAACGUCUCCUCAGAAGAUGUCAACGCCAUUACCUGCCCCGUCUGCCGGGCACCCACUGUCUUGCCUCCCCGCAAGGGCCUGCCGGGGCUUCCCACCCGCCGUGACUUGCUGGAGCAGCUCAGCGCAAUGCCGGUGCCCCCUGGCUCAGUGCGCUUUGAUCGUCGGCGGGGUUUGCUCUACUUGCCAGCGGGGAAUAAAAGCGGGGCUCAAGUCGGAUCGAAGCCAGGACCUCCGCUCAACACUGUCAGUUUGAGUGUUGAUGUCGGGAGGCCUCCUCCCCCAGGGUCGGUCCGAAGGCUGGCCGUCUCGGGUUGGCCAUUCUAUGCCGCUCUGUCGGUCGCCUUGCUCGUUACUGUCGCCUUGAUAGUCUGUGGCAUCUACAUCUUCAUGAUGCCUUCCAUGUACAUUUCAGUGGGAGGAUUUCCCAAAGGGAAUCACAGCUUUGGCCUUGGAGGAAACCACUCUAAUCCCGUAAGUCCGUCCUCAACCGAACGCUAAGAGAUGGGCUUCCUGCAUCCACCUGUUGUGAUUGUGCUGCUGGUAAUUUCAGAUUCUCCAGAAACUCCCUGGCCUCCUCCAGUUGCCUGGGUAGGAUGGAUGGGAAGAUAAAGCUUCACUCUGCUAAUCCUUUUCCUCUCUGGAGGCUGUGGCACCACCAGCACUUUACUGUAUGGGGAAUCACUCCUGGGACUUCCACUGGCACUUUUUCUCGCAGCCACCCAGCUGAGGAUCAUCUUUAGAGGAGGUGUAUUGGAGAGGUCGAAGUGGCCCCUUUGCUGUUUUAUUGCUCAGAGGAACAGGCCAGUGGAAAAACAGAGCAUGUUAUAACUUCUUGGUGGAAGGGAGACAUUAAGCCACCUUAAUUGGGACCUUGGCAGAGACAUACCAUGCUGUUAAAAUAUUGCCAACCUUCCUUAUCCUGGUGCCCUCCAGGCAUGCUAGUUCAUUAUCCCCAACCCCUCCAGGAUGUUGUAGUCCAGAUGUCAGAUGGUGCCAGGCUGGAGACUUAUCAUUCCAGAUGAGGGGAACAUCAUUUCAAGUACCGAAGCCAAUUGCAGCUUGAAACUUUUUCCCCAAUCAGAAAUUUAAUGCAGGGCAGAAUGUAACGGGGUAAAACUCUUAGGAAACGUGGUUAGGAAGAGGCAAGCGAGGAUGACGUUUCCAUUGGCCUUUUCUCCUGAACAGCUGGUGAAAUCUACUCUGCGGUUCUGCUUCACAAAUGGAUCUGGCACAUCACUCCCAGGGAUUGAGGUUUCUUUGGCAAAGGGACUUCCUCCCUAGGAACUGCACUUUCACUGUUCUUGGUGUUUCUUUUUUGCUUUCUAUCCUCUCCUCCUGGGCCCCCAGGCUACACUACUCACAGGAGCAGCUUGGCAGACAAAUCCCCCGUUUGGUGUGGGGUUGAGUCAUGGGCACCUUUCCAAAGAUACCCAAGUGAGAUUAAUUGUUGAUGCUGCUCUGGAAUUCUGGCCAGCGUGAAUAUAGAUGUCGAGCCUUGUGGAUUACAACAGCCGCUAAUGAAGUAGUACAAUAUCACUUCCAGUUUAUUGCUUGUUUUGCUACUUUAGUUUUCUCAUCUUCUGUGGCCUGAAAGCAGGAAUCCUAAAAUGCCAAGGUUUUCCUAACGUCUAGUGAAGCGAGGGGACUUUACCUGCUCUGAGAUACUUGCUAUGUGGCCAUAAAGGCCCAAGACUGGGAUUUAGGAAGGAGGGAGAGAUGGGGUGGAACAGAAAUGCACAAAGACAGCCUGUGAUAGAGAGAUUUUAUCUCCAACUCAAGAGUCAUAAUUUUUCUUUUAUUGGAUUGUGGUUAUUAAUUGGCUGGGGGCAAAAAAACCCCAACCAUCUGGCUUUGUAUCUGUGGCUUACUAGCAGCAGAAAAUGCACAGAUCAGCAGAUAAAGUGAGAAGCAGUUACGGGCAAUUAAUGCAGGUCAAAUUACUCUGAAACACAACAGGACGGAUCAGUUAGGGAAGGAAGAAUGCCAGUAAAAUUCUGCACUCUUCAGGUUUUGUGCCUUAGAAAUUACUCUUUGUUUUUGUUUCUGUUAUUGUUGGCCACUUCGUUCUUGGAUAUAUGCCCCAAAGCUGUUUCACCAUCCUGUAUAAGAAGUCUGUAUUAUUGGGGGGAAAUACUUAUCUGUAAAAAUAUUGGCCAGCUGCUUUGAACUUGAUACUUGUGAUAAGGAAAUUUAGAACUGGAGUCCAAAAGCCUAGGACUCUAUGCCCAUUGCCCGAAGAAGUUUAAUCUUCUUAAAUGUUUUGUCUGCAAUCACAAAUAACCGUUAAAAGACUCUCACAGA